GAGUAUACAUUUUAGCGUGGAAAAAAGGAAUUGCGGUACUAACAGCAGGAAGCACUAAGGUGUCUCCAGAUGAAAGGAUUCGUCUAGUGGACGGCAAUAACCUGGAAAUCCGUGAUAUUCAAACAAACGACGCAGGAAAUUACGUGUGCCAAAUAGCAACUCUGAAACCCAGGGAGAUAUCACAUACUGUCGAGAUAUUAGUUCCAUCACGAAUUAAAUCGGUUACAUCGGGAGGAAAUAUUGAUACUAAAAAGGACUCUAUGAUCAAAUUAAACUGUGAAGCUGACGGAAAUCCUGUUCCUAAUAUAACAUGGACAAGAAAAAACAACGUACUUCCAAAUGGCGAGCGAAAUGCUACUGGCGAUACAUACAUAAUUCAAUCGGCCACUCGUCACGAUGCUGGUCAGUACAUAUGUACAGCUUAUAAUGACGUCGGACAACCAGCUGAACAAACUAUUAAUGUUAACAUUUUAUAUCCUCCGGAGAUUGAAGUUGAACGUGUAUGGGUGCAUUCUGGCGAAGGAAAUGAAGCACUGCUAGUUUGCAUAGUCAAUGCUGAACCACAUGCUGAGGUGUCUUGGUAUAGAGAUACAUUGAAGUUAGACACAAACGAACGUCGCAUAACUGAAGUUAGAGGAAGCAGACAUACUCUUAUAGUGAGAAAAGUGCAAGCUAGUGAUUUUGGAAAUUACAGCUGCGUAGCCGACAAUGUUGUGGGAAAGAGCCGAGCUUAUGUUGAACUUUCGGGAAAACCAAAUCCUGUAAAAAUAAACAGUAACAAAAACGGACGGCACCAGAACAAUUACAACAUAUCUUGGUCGGUAGACAGCUACACUCCUAUCGAAGAAUUUAAACUAUUCUAUAGGAAAGUUCCGCUUCCGGACGAGUCCCCCGUAGACACACGGAAUCAAGGCCAAUGGCCAAAGAAGCCUCCUACUCGAAAUGAUAACGAGGGAUACGGCAGCAGUCCAAUUUACGGAUACAACAGCAUGCGGAACGAAUGGAACGAUGUGAUCCUUCCCGCCGUUCCCAGCGAACAAUUCACUCACCGCAUGGCUUACAACAUCCGUGGAUUGGACACCGCUUCCGAAUACGAAGCCAAAGUUAUGGCCAAAAACCGAUUCGGCUGGACCCCAAUGUCCGAUGUAUUUAAAUUCGUCACCUCCGCCACUCCAGAAAUCGAAUCGAAUCCAAAAUAUCAAGCAUCCUAUGGUAUUUCAAUGACAUCAAAUGCCGAAGCCCGUGAUCUUGGCUCUACUUCUUCAUACAAUGGAUUCUCCAAACGCAGUUACAACGUCAUCAUAUUCGUCGUUUUCAACACCUUGUACUUUGCAUUUAACACUAUUGUUUAAAUCCCUAAAAACCUAUAAUUAUCGAAGCAGUGGCAUGAAUAUUGUAAAACAGGGCGAGCAAAAAAUUCAUAAAGGGUAUUGCAUCUUUUUAAUUCAACUUUAAAUUAUUUUCUUAAAAGUUAUUUCCAUCAUCUGAAUUGUAUAAUAUUUUUCUUUGAAUGUCAAAAAAAUAAAGGGGUGGGGGGAAAUGAGCGAAUAUGCCACUGCUUUUAAGUUUUGAUAAACAGUAAAAAGUAGAAAAAUCAUUUAUCAUCCACAGAAAUAAAGACACCUUAUUUAGAGUAAUAUAAACCUUCUGAUCUAAACGUAUAUAUAUAGAAAAAUCUUCAUAUUAAGUUUCGAUUAAAUCCAUCCUUAAAAAUUAUAAAAAUAAAAUACAUAUUUCAAUCAAUCUAUAAAAUAUUGAGUAUCAAUAGAUUAGAGUAUUAAACAAUCCAUUCAGUAAA